AAGCAGUGAGGCGGCAGCCGCUCCUGUCGCGGGGCCGAGCCUUUCCCGGGAGGCGGAGGGAGCCGAGCGAGCCGCUCUGCUCGCCGCGGGGCCGGGCCCGGACUCGCCGUGUCGCCCUGGUUCCGGUUGCCAGGCCGGGCGGCGGCGCGGCGCGGCGGGCGGGCGGGCGGGCGGGUCAGAGGGUAAAGGUCGCUCCCCCAGCAUCCUCCGUGCUGGAUACUCAGCCAUCUUGGAUCCGCGGGACAAGAAAAUUCAUGCGGUGACAAACAGCAUGUUUGGUGCUUCAAGAAAGAAGUUUGUAGAGGGGGUCGACAGUGACUACCACGAUGAAAACAUGUACUACAGUCAGUCUUCAAUGUUCCCACAUCGGUCGGAAAAAGAUUUUGCAGAGAGGGAGGAAGUAAAAUGCAUCUCUGAGUCACAUUUUAAGAAAUUACAGAUGCUGGCAUCACCAUCUACAUCAGGUCAGCUGUCUCAGUUUGGGGCAAGUUUAUACGGGCAACAAAGUGCACUAGGCCUUCCAAUGAGGGGAAUGAGCAACAAUACCCCUCAGUUAAAUCGCAGCUUAUCACAAGGCACUCAGUUACCGAGCCACGUAACGCCAACAACAGGGGUACCAACAAUGUCACUUCAUACGCCUCCAUCUCCGAGCAGGGGUAUAUUGCCUAUGAAUCCUAGGAAUAUGAUGAACCACUCCCAGGUUGGUCAGGGCAUUGGAAUUCCCAGCAGGACAAACAGCAUGAGCAGUUCAGGGUUAGGCAGCCCCAACAGAAGCUCGCCUAGCAUAAUAUGUAUGCCAAAGCAGCAACCCUCUCGACAACCUUUUACUGUGAACAGUAUGUCUGGAUUUGGAAUGAACAGGAAUCAGGCAUUUGGAAUGAAUAACUCCUUAUCAAGUAACAUUUUUAAUGGAACAGAUGGAAGUGAAAAUGUGACAGGAUUGGACCUUUCAGAUUUUCCAGCACUAGCAGACAGAAAUAGAAGGGAAGGAAGUGGCAACCCAACUCCAUUAAUAAACCCAUUAGCUGGAAGGGCUCCGUAUGUCGGAAUGGUAACAAAACCAGCAAGUGAGCAAUCCCAGGACUUCUCAAUACACAAUGAAGAUUUUCCAGCAUUACCAGGCUCCAGUUACAAAGAUCCAACAUCAAGUAAUGAUGACAGUAAAUCUAAUUUGAGUACAUCAGGCAAAACAUCUUCGAGUGCAGACGGACCCAAAUUCCCUGGAGAUAAAAGUUCAACAACGCAAAACAACAACCAGCAGAAAAAAGGGAUCCAGGUGCUACCUGAUGGUCGGGUUACCAACAUUCCUCAAGGGAUGGUGACGGACCAGUUUGGAAUGAUUGGCUUGUUAACAUUCAUCAGGGCAGCAGAGACGGACCCAGGAAUGGUGCAUCUUGCAUUAGGAAGCGACUUAACAACACUAGGUCUCAAUCUCAACUCUCCUGAAAAUCUCUACCCCAAAUUUGCAUCACCUUGGGCAUCUUCGCCUUGUCGACCUCAAGACAUAGACUUCCAUGUUCCAUCUGAAUACUUAACGAACAUUCACAUUAGGGAUAAGCUGGCUGCAAUAAAACUUGGCCGAUAUGGAGAAGAUCUACUGUUUUAUCUCUAUUACAUGAAUGGAGGAGAUGUAUUACAGCUAUUAGCAGCAGUAGAGCUAUUUAACCGCGAUUGGAGAUACCACAAAGAAGAACGAGUAUGGAUCACCAGGGCACCAGGCAUGGAGCCAACAAUGAAAACCAAUACAUAUGAGAGGGGAACAUAUUACUUCUUUGACUGUCUUAACUGGAGGAAAGUAGCUAAGGAGUUCCAUCUGGAAUAUGACAAAUUAGAAGAAAGGCCUCAUCUGCCAUCAACCUUCAACUACAACCCUGCUCAGCAAGCCUUCUAAAGACUUCCCUUUUCUUGGGGUAUGGCUGUCUCAGCACAAUACUCAACAUAACUGCAGAACUGAUGUGGCUCAGGCAUCCUGGUUUUAAUUCCUUGAGGAUCUGGCAAUUGGCUCACGCAAAGGGUCACCAUUUGAGGUCCUGCCUUACUAAUUAUGUGCUGCCCAACAACUAAAUUUGUAAUUUGUUUUUCUUUAGUUUGAGCAGGGUCUGAAUUUGUUUUUGUUUGUUUUAUUUUAUUUUUUGCCAGCAGACAAGCUUGAGUCUAAAGACAAGCGAAUACACUGUCAAAAGUUUACCACUUAGUUUCCAAAAUGUAAAAAAAAAAAAAGCAAAAAGACAAAAUUAGACAAUUUGCAUUGUUCAUUGUAGCACUAUUGGUAAUAAAAAAAUGUUUGUGCAUUUUUAUGUGAAGAUCCUUCUCGUAUUUCAUUUGGAAAGAUGAGCAAGGUCUGCUUCCUUCAUUUUACUUCCCCGUAUGUUUUUGAAAGGCAGUUUUCGCCAAGCUUAAUGCAAGAAUAUCUGACUGUUUAGAAGAAAGAUAUUGCCACAACCUCUGGUUAGUUUCCAGGGUUGUGUAUUACUGAGCUUCAUCUUUCCAGAAUGAGCAAAACACUGUCCAGUCUUUGUUACAAUUUUGUAAUAAAUGUGUACAUUUUUUUUAAAUUUUUGGACAUCACAUGAAUAAAGGUAUGUAUGUACGAAUGUGUAUAUAUUAUAUAUAUGACAUCUAUUUUGGAAAAUGUUUGCCCUGCUGUACCUCAUUUUUAGGAGGUGUGCAUGGAUGCAAUAUAUGAAAACGGGACAUUCUGGAACUGCUGGUCAGGGGACUGCUUUGUCGCCCUGUGCACUAAAGGGCCAGAUUUUCAGCAGCCAAGGACAUCCAUACCCAAGUGAAUGUGAUGGGACUUAAAGAAGUGAACUGAGACAAUUCACUCUGGCUGUUUGAACAGCAGCGUUUCAUAGGAAGAGAAAAAAAAAAAUCAAUCUUGUAUUUUCUGACCACAUAAAGGCUUCUUCUCUUUGUAAUAAAGUAGAAAAGCUCUCCUCACUGCAGUGUUGACUUUGAUUUGAAAUUGUGAAAUCAUUUCUUCAACAAUGAAAAAUGAAAAUAACUGUUGAAGUAUUAAAAAUAUCAAGCUGUACAGUGGUUAAGACACUUACAUUGAAGAGUCUUUUAGCUGCUGACAAAUAAUUUAAGAGAUUAUAUACCUUUCCUCAGUAGGCCAAAAAUUAUGGUCAAUCUUUUUUUUCACAUUAAACAAACUAAUACAAAAUAGAAAAUUAUUUUUUACAAAUGGGGUUGGGUAACAUUUGAAAUGAUAGAAAGGUUCAUAUUAAAAUACUUUUCUUUUUGUGAUGGGUUUGUUGGUUUAGAAUUAAAAUAUCCUAACUCGUCACAGCUUUACUUCCAAGCUGAUAUUUUACCACUUCAAACAGAGAGGUAUGUUUCAUUUGAUGCAUAUGACUUCCUGAGGCUCAGACCUCAAUAAACAAAACCUGAAUACACCAUUUCUGGAAAGUACUGUAACUGUUCUCUAGACUAAAGGAAAAAAACAACAACCUGGGUAGUGUGUGUCCCUUAUUUUAAUGUGACAGCUAUUUUACAUUCAACGACUUGUGAACUAUGUUACAUCUGAUGAUGCAAACUAUGUUUU